CAAAUUUUAGGACAUCAGCCAAUCAGCAUGUUUUAACUAAUCUUCUACAGGAGCGCAAAACCCAUACUCGAAAUCCCGAUCGGCGUGAAGGUGGCUGACGCCAAGGGACGACGAUGAACGUCGACGUGGUGCGCCAGAAGCUGGUGGACGGCGACACAGAUGCCGUGCUGAAGGAGCUGGUGGACCUGUACCGCCGCGCCGAGAUCUUGCACACGCCGCAGCUGGGCCGCAUCCUCGAGGCGCUAUUCCCGGUCUGGAAGGGACUGCUGCAAACCAAACUACCGCCACAGCUUCGCGCCACGAUGCAGAACCGCUGUCGCAAGGUGCUGCUGCAGAUCUUGAACCGAUUGCCGAGCAAUGAGGCGCUGCGACCGUAUGUGGCUCAGCUGCUGCAGCUGCUCAUGGAGGUUUUGCAGAAAGAUAACGAGGACAACGCGCUCAUCGCGCUUAAGACGCUAUUCGAUCUGCACCGCAACUACCGCCCAGCCUUGCGUAACGAGGUACAACCAUUCCUAGAGCUCGUCCAGCUAAUGUACAAGAAUCUGCAGGCGACUAUGAAGAAGCAGUUCAGUGGCCCGCCAGAGACGCACAAGUCCAGCAGCACCGUGUCAGCAGGUACAACGCCUACUGCUGCUAAAACUGCAGUAUCUUCAGCUACACCUGUUGCAGAAGGAGCGAAGGAAGCUACGCCAUCUGGGUCUGAGUCGGCGAGUGCUGCUACGACGGAAGCUGCCAAAGCAGAGACACCGGUACCUCAGGCAACUACAAGUGCCAGUGCUGGUGAGGCUAGCGCAACUGCAACAGAAACUACUGCAGAUUCUACGAAAGCAGCGACUGAAACUACGACUGCUAAUACUGCUACUGCUCCUAGUGGCGACUCAGCUACGGAUGAGCCUAUCUGCAGCAAUUUGGAAUCGUUCAAGACUAUUUCGGAGCUGCCGUUGAUCAUUAUGCUGCUGUUCCAGUGCUAUCCGAGCUACAUCGAAAGUUAUAUCCCAGUAUUAGUGCCGUUGAUGAUGUCAGCGCUGGCAUUACGUGCUCCAGACACGGCUGCUACUACUCAUCCAUCGCGCUAUUUGGAUUUUUUGGAUUGCCAAGUGAAGACGCUGUCUUUCGUGACGUACUUGCUGCGUGGAUGUGCCAACCUUAUGCGUCCGUUUCAGGAUGCCAUCUGCGAAAACACUGUAAAGUUACUUAUUGCCUGCCCGAAAGACGCCUUCGUACUUCGGAAAGACAUUUUUGUGGCCGCGAGGCACAUCAUCUCGACGGAUUUUCGGCGAGGCUUUUACCCACAGCUAGAGCUUCUCAUGAAUGAUGAUGUUCUUAUCGGCAAAGGACGUUGCAGUUUCUACCAGAUUCGGCCACUGGCAUACUCCACACUAGCAGAUAUGAUUCAUCACGUUCGAGAUAUGCUGACGUUGACGCAGGUGAGCGCAAUUGUGGACUUUUACGGCAAGCGAAUCCACGACCCGACGCUGCCAAUCUCGAUACAGACUACUAGCAUUCGACUGCUGCUCAACCUCGUUGAUAUCAGUGCGAAGAACGAGGACGCUGACGCAUGGAAAGGACGCAAUAUCUUGUCUCGUAUUUUGUUAAUUAUCUCCGGGAAGUUCGGCACGACGUUAGCGAACCUGCCUGUAGCUCUUGCUACAACAUUACGGAACAAGUCCGCCAGUGACCGCAGCGAUCUACUGGAAGGAGGUGCAAUGGAUAAAAUCAAGCAAUCGAGUCUGCUGCCAAAAGAAGUUGUACAGAAGACACAAUACGAGAGGAAGCUGGAGGCUUUACUGUUGCCGUAUAUGCGAGUUCAGCGGCCCGCGGAUUCUAUCUCAGAGGAAGAGCCGAGUAUUCGUGACAUUAAGUCACUGCUUCGUACGAUGAUCCUCGGUAUCCGUGCUGUAAUAUGGUGUACAGCUAAUUAUCGAAAUCCUCUUGCAAAGGAUUUGUCCACCGUUGACGCUAAUACAGCAGAUGCAAGUGGUAUAGUGUCUGUAUCGACUUCACAGGGGAUUCGAUCGGUACAUUCUGUGGAUGUUGGAGGUGUAUCCGGUCGGGCAUCUGGAAGUGGAAGUGAGCAUGUGUAUCCUUUGACUGAUGACGAACGUUUACUUAUCGCGAAGGUGCUUCGAAACGGACUGCGCUGUUUUAUAUUGUACACGUUAUCGGAUAACACCUUGUCAGAGGAAAAGCAAAUGCUGGAUCAUUUCGCUGGCGCUUUCACCGUAUUGGAAGCAGCAGAUUUCCGGGAUCUUUUCAUCUCAAACAUCGAGCUGCUCUAUGAGUGCAUACUCCAAGAUCAUGCUAUCCUGACGAUACCCCAGCAUUUCUUGGCUAAUUCGAAUGUGAGCUGCUGGUUUGCUGAAAUUCUGCUCAAGUUUUUAAUUACACAGAUGAAGGAUCUAAGUGUUGAGGCGGAAGGUGACCUACCUGAUACUAAACGAGUGGAUAAGGUGAUGGCGAUCGAGAUUCUGCAGUUUGAAAAGAUGCGGCCUGUACCGCAAGUAGACCGCGCUUCGAUAGUGCUUCGAUUGUUCAAGAUUGUCUUCGGCUCGGUCACACUGUUCAAGUCGAAUGAGUCGGCGCUGUUCCCGCAUUUGCGAACGAUUAUCGAGUCGUGUCUGAAGCAAGCGACAUUUACGAAGCACCCGGACAACUAUUUGCUUUUGCUGCGCGCGCUGUUCCGAUCAAUCUCUGGUGGAAAGUAUGAAAACUUCUACAAGGAGGUCUUCCCGCUGUUGCCAGGUGUGCUGUCAGCGCUUAUGCGAUUACAGAAACAUAUCGGCAAACCGGCGAUGCAAGAAGUUCUUUUGGAGCUGUGUCUAACGAUUCCUGCACGCCUGAGCUCGUUGCUGCAGUACCUCCCGUCUCUGAUGAAGUCAGUGGUGCGAGCAAUACUAUCGCGGGGUGAGCUCGCGUACUUGGGCUUGCGAACGCUCGAGUUUUGGGUGGACAAUCUGAAUCCAGACUUUUUGUACCCAAUCAUGACGUCCCAGGACCGGCUGCUGACGGAGAUAAUCGAGGCGUUGAAUACGCAUCUCAUCCCGCCGCCGUACCCGUACGGCGAGUUAGCUAUGCGGAUUUUGGGGAAAAUCGGUGGACGAAAUCGUCAGUAUCUCAUGGAUCCACUGAACCUCGAUUACCAUGAACAUUCGUUCACGGGGCUAACGUUCACGUUUCAGUGGGGCGAAGAGGGCGACAGUAUGAAUAUUAACAUGAAGGGUGAUGGCGUCGCACUCGCUCCGAGCGGCAUAUUUCCAAUGAAGAUGGACGUACUAGUUGCGCAAGCCACAAAAGUACUUCGUGCGUAUCUGCGAAAUACAUCAACAGAUCGCAAUAACGUCAGUAAGACCGACUCGCGGCUUGCGGACGUCGACGAGUUUGAGGAAGGCGAAAACCUGGCUGGACCUGCAUUCUUGCUGGAGAAAGAUGACAAGACUCUUCAUUUGGAGACCGAAACGAUGGCGAAAAUCCGUGGAUCGAUUCUGCAGCACAAGCGUUGUGCGUUUAUGUUUGUUUCUCGUGCGGCAGUAGUGUCUCUCAACGUUAACUACUUCGCGAAUGCUGACUUGGUUGAAACAGAUAGAGGGGAUGUAGCUGCGCAGAAUGUGGAGCCAAUGCGGAAGAUUAUGUCACAGGAGGCUCUGCGAGUUACACGUUUGCAGCUCCUGCAGGUCUUGUUCGAGACAGUGGUGGAUGUUGACGUGGGUAUGGAGGCGAAAAAGGUGCUGGAUGGCAUUGCUGGACACUUAACAGUGCUAACCUUAGCCAAUUGCUCACGAGAUCAGCCAGAUUUCGCUGUGCUUUCAUCGCUGCAUGCGUCAACAUUGUACGCAGCGACAAGGGGACUAUCACCUGGCCGACAUUUGGCGACAACAAAACGAAUUGAGACGCUGCGCCAAGCUGCGUAUGGAACCUCAAACAUGAUGGAGGCAGAUGUGACGAAUGAUUUUUAUUCGUAUGUGCAAGCAGUCUCCGUUGCGUUGAGCUCGCCGGACCAACAGGUUGUCGAUGCAGCGAAAGAGGUUACCACAUUGAUCAUCAAGACAGCAAUCGAUCGAUUCGACUCACCGCGGCUGGCUGUGGAGCGCGGGGGCGCAUUGUUUAACUGCAUGUGUGAGGUGUUUUCGCAUGGUUGUUACGAUAAAGGAAGCUGGCGUCAGAAGCUUGGCGGUGCAAUUGGACUCCAGCUUCUUGUGGAUUUGUUGGAACCUCAGUGGUGUCAUGAAAACGAGCUCACUAUUAUCAAGGCGUUAUUCUUCGUACUAUCCGACCACCCACCAGAAGUGAGUGCGACCGUUAGUGCUGAGACCGGGGAGGCGAUGGUAAAUGUUGUGAAGACAGGUUGGAAGGUUCGUUCGGGGUACGCGGAGCAGCUUGGCGACGAUGAUUCCAAGAAAAAGGACUUCAUGUCGUGCGUUGCCUUCCAGGAUACAGAAGUGUUCCAGAUGCUCGUUGUGGAGUUUCUGAGUCCGAAGGCACCAACACGACAAUAUGCCAAACAGUGUAUUAACACAAUCGCGUCCUUGCAGGAAAGUACGGCUUCAGCAUUGCUGUACCCGUACAACCAGUUGAUCAGCAAGCAGAUCACUGGGUGUAAUCUUCGCAUGUUGCCCAGCAACACUAGGACAGGUUAUGUGGAUGCUAUGGCGUACGCGUUGUCACUGAAGCCCCCGAUUUUCUCGUUGACGAAAGAGAUUAUGGUAUUCCUCCAAGAAGUAUGGAAGCUUAUUUCGGAGGACUCUCAGCGCGACGGAGUUGCUAUGGUUGGGGCUGAGAGCCCAAGUAAUGCUGGAGGUGCAACGGCUGGUAUCCCAGGUUCCGGUGUAUCAGCUCAGGAAUAUCCGUUUGGGCUUUCUCAAGCAUGUGAGCUGCGCAUUGCGGCCGCCAAACUUCUUCGUGCAGCCUUUCUUGCAGCACCCAACGAUCUGAAUCAACAUCCUGAGUACCGUAAUCGCUUCGUGGGCGUGUUUUUCCGGUACCUGACUGGCCAGCCUCCAGAGCUGGUGCAGGUAGCUCAGGAUGCGCUGACGGACGUCAUCCAGCUGAACAAGCAGAACAAGGAUGUGUUUCUUCCCAAGGAGCUUCUGCAGCAGUGCUUGCGACCAGUACUUCUUAAUUUGGCAGACUACCGGAAGUUGAACCUGCCAUUACUCGAAGGAUUGUCACGUUUGUUGACACUACUCAGUAGUUGUUUUAACGUGACACUCGGGGAAAAGUUGCUAGAGCACCUGAAGCAGUGGCGCGAUCCAGAUCGAAUCAUUAAAGCUGGAAUUUGGAAGCGCGGCGAGGAGCCUGCUGUUGCUGCAGCGAUUGUAGACCUCUUUCACCUGCUACCUCCGAACGAUGCGUUUCUGGAACCGCUUAUUAAUUGUGUGGUGGAUCUGGAGGCUGUGUUGCCGAAGUACGGAAGCUAUGGCAAAAUGAGUUCACCGUAUCGGAUUCCGCUGACUCGUUUCUUGAAUCGUUACGCGUCUAUGACCGUAUCGUUCUUUCUGAAGCGCGAGCAUUUGGUUGAAGUGAAGUACUCAUCGCUGUUCCAACAGCUCAUCAAGGUACCCGAAGCAGCCCCUCUACAUGCAGUCAUUAUCGGUGACGGUGGAGCAGAGUCCGUGGUGGAGGCAACGUUUAAUGCUGCACUUAAGAUCAAUGCUUCUGAAGUGAAGGGUGGAGUAGAUGUGUCAAGCGACGCCAAGAUGCAGGCUCAGAUUCAGUUGAAUGCGCAGAAAGCGGCAGCACAGGCAGUUGCGACGGCCCAAGCUCAAGGGAUGACAGCAUCUGCGGCGGAGGCUCGCGGAGUGCAAGCUCGUGCAGCGUAUGUAGUGAAAGCUCAGGCCCAAGUGAACGCGCAGCAGGCGUUGAAGGUGCAGUCUCAAGUUCAGAUCCAGGCCAACGCGCAAAAGCUGCACGCGCAGACACUAGCAGCAGCCCAGGCACAAGGACUGUCCCUGGUUCAAGCCCAGGCUAAAGCUCAGUUCGCCAGCAAAGACUACAUCGCCAAAGCCCAGAGUCACAUUUCGUCAGCAGCUAUGCAAGCCUCGUUGCCCAAUCCUGCGAUGAGUUCGCUGGUCACGCAGCAGCAAGCUCAGCAACUUCAAGCUCAAAUCCAAGUGAAUGCUCAGAAGGUGCAUGCACAAGCGCUCGCCACGGCACAAGCACGAGGAUUGAAGCCGAUGCAAGCGCAGGAAGAGGCGAAACAGGCGCAAGCGACAUACGUGCACCGUGCGAAUGCUCAAGCUCAGGCAAAGAUAGCCCGUGCGCAGAGCCAAGGGUUGGCGUCGUCGUUGGCUUUGGGCAGCAACUCAGCUGCUGUUAGUGGCGGACCAUUCGCGUCUAAGGCUCAGCAAGAGGCGCUGGAGCUGCAUUACCAGGGAUUGCGACUUGUUCGAUCAAUAAGCAAGCUCCAUCCGACGUGGCUGGCGUCGCAGACGGUGAUAAUCGAUGCUUUGCGGAAGCUUUGGCGGUCGUCGGCACGCGUGCAGCGGCUUGUUGCGCAAGAUCGACUGCCUAUUAAGUUCCAUCUAGAAUCGAAGCUGCUGAUCAAGUGUAUGAUCACGUACAGUCGUGCGAAGCCAGAAGACGUGCAAGUGCUGCUGGACAUGGUGUCGGUGUUCUUGCACCGAACGCCCUUCGACUUCAGCUUUUUGCAGACGUUCUAUCGCGAGGAGGUUGCAGCCAAGUACACCGCUGCAAACAAACGCAACCUCAUCCGGUUGUUCCUGCGGAUGCUUCGCGAACCUGGUGCCUCUGAGGAACUCAAGGUGCAUGCUGUUCAGUUGUUGAUCAUGCCCGUGCUGACAGCAUCGUUUGAGGACCCAGGCGUAGACAAUAUUGAUGUCAUGGACCUCGACACCGUCAUGUGGAUGCUUCGAGAGAUUUUGGCGAGCAAAGAAUAUUCACCGGACGCAAUGCAAAGUCUUCGAAUUGAGUUGCUCAAGCUUGGUACACUGCUUAUUCAGCACAUGAGCAAGUAUGUGACCGACCAUCGGAAGGAAGUGAUCAAGUUUGCGUGGAACCAUUUGAAGGCGCACGACUUGACGUCGAAGCUCUGGGCGUACGUGAAUGUGUGUCGGUUCAUCUCAGUCUACGAUACUCCGCCCAAAAUUGUGUUGCAAGUGUAUGUUGCACUGUUGCGCACGCAUGAGAUGGAUGCGCGUUUUCUCGUUCGCAAAGCUUUUGACAUUCUUCUGCCUGCUUUGCCAAGUCGCCUGCCGUCGAACGAGUUUAUCAAGGCGAUAAAAUGGACGAAGAAAAUCGCCUACGAAGAAGGCCAUGUACUUGGACAACUUGUGCACAUUUGGUUUUUGAUUGUUCGACACCCAGCCCUGUUUUAUCCAUUCCGCGGCCAGUUUGUACCUCUCAUGGUGAAUUCGCUAAACCGCUUGGCCAUUCCUCCGAGCAGUACGCCAGAUAAUCGCAGGCUUGCAGUGAACAUUGUGGAUUUGGUUAUUUCGUGGGAGCAAACACGUCAAGAUCGGAUGGCGAUACGUGGUGCUUCUUCUACGCCCAAGGCGUCAACCCCACGUGGAGAUCUAAAGCGGAGUCCAUCCGCCAUGAUCACAGCUUCAGAAAAGUCUCCAGAUGAUCAUGCUGUGAAGAAACGGAAAGUGUUGACAACUGGAGGAACUGAUACGGCAGAGGCGACGGUGGUGAAUACUCAGUUGAGUACAAAAACGGAGGGAUCUACGUCGCUGCAGAUUCAAGUUCCAACACAGACGUCCAGUUCCGGGUCAGGUCAACAGCAAGGUCAAACGGCGGCAUCUCCGUCUUCGGAGGCGAAUCGAGUUGCGAGCAGUGAGGACGACUUUGAGUUGAGUGGCGCUAUGGUGGAUCUGGUGAUCAACUUUGCUUUUCGUUUUGCUCUAGCGUCUGCGGACAAGCAGGAGACGAGUCGAUUGGCGAAAACUUGCGGUGAGCUGUUCGACAAGGCCCUUCGCCUCUGGCCAUCUGCUUCUAUUCGCUUUUCCUACUUUGACAAGCUUAUCGCUGUCACUGCGGAGACUGUGAUUCGGCAACAGCAACAGGUGCAGGCAAGUAUGAACGCUGCUGCAGCUGCUGCCGGAGGUACAGGACAGCAAGUUCCGAUUCCGGCCCCACCGCCACCGACAGUGAUGCCCCCGUUCUUUGUUGUUCCGAAGGGCGCACCUUUGUCUUCACUGGCAAUCCUCGACGCUGUGCUGGGUAUUUUGAACUCCUUAAUCACUCCCGAGGUCGUUACUAAGUCCAAGCGUCCAGUGCCGUAUGUGAUUCAGUACGCACCACGUAUUAUGAAGCUGCUGGAGCCGUGUUUUGACCGUCAGAACCAUGAAAUCCAAGCGAGUCUGACCAAGUUUCUACGCCGAAUGACAGAGUUAUAUCCUCCAUCUCGUGCCCCUCAACCAUUGGUUGUGUGCAAAUUCUACCCGUGGCUUCGCGAGAUCAUCAAUGAGCGUCUUGUGAGUGCUGCAAUUUUCCAACAAGAGUUAGGUGCAGGUGGUGUGGCUUUGUCAGGGGGACCAGGCGCUGCAGGUUCGAAGGCUAAGGGGAAGACCGCAGCACAGAAUGCCUCUGGAUCUAAACCUGACAAGCAGGGAGCAGCUGGAAGCAAUGCCGCUGCGGGUCAUGCCCACGCUGGCAAACACCAAAAAGACCCAAGUGGCAUCAAUCCGUUGAUCAACCACGAGGCAGCACGUAUGCGUUUGUUGAUUUCUCAACAUCCGCGGGCGGUUGUGUCGCCUUCGAGCUAUCCUGGUGAGUUUACUCUCAAGCUGCUGAGCGGUCUCGCCGAGAUUACUCCUGAGUUCGUGGAUCACUUUGCUCCUGCACUGUUGAAGCUGGCGCAGCGAUUUACACGUGAACAUUUGAUUCAGUCAGCAGCUACUGCAGGUGGAGGUUCCCACGGUGGAAAGCAUGGAGGUACCAAUGGUGCAGCGAUGGGAGUGGAAAGUGGACAAGCGAUUGUGGAUUCUUUUGGACGGAACCGAGUGAUGGCCACACCGUCAUUGGCAAUCAUAAACGAGUGGAAUCAAAUGCAGUCCGGACGGUCAAACCUAGCGGUAAAUAAUGUCGUGCGGCAUGUCAUGAAACGCGAUGCUUCAGGAGAAAAGGCGACGUCGAAGAAGAAGAGCAGUGCCAACGAUUCACUAGGAAGCGACUCCUCAAAUUCGAAGGCAGGAAAUGCGAUGAAGAAAAAGAUGGGUGUCUCUGCAAAUCAGGUCUCAGCGAGAAGUGGGUUUGUUGGUGGCAACGGGAAGAGGCCGAUUGAACUGCUUGUCUUGUGCUAUGCGCUAUUGGCAAAAUGCACGUUUACAGCUGCCGAGCACCGUCGACUGUACACGAAUUUGCUGGUGCACUGUCUGGAGGGAUCAUACAACAUUCCUCUUCUGCUGCAAAUUACGAGAAUUGUGGCCAAAAUGAUUGCAUCUACAGACCCGUGUCACCAGGUCUUGUCAGCAAAAGACAAGAUGACCCUGCUGAGCAAGAUGGCGACGUUUGAUCGCCUUAAUGAGAUCUCUGCUCUUCCUCUCAACGAGGAGUACUAUCAGUUGGUUCUCAAGCUAUGCGAACCACCGACUGAAGAUUCAAAACAACAAGCGCCUCAGUUGCAUUUAAGUCCUACCCCUCAGAGUCAUAGCCUCACGACACACUUCAUGGCAGGGCUACUUGCUCCAGACCCAAAGACACGUGAGAAGUUCCUGCAGAUUUUCUUCGCGGUUACAGGUCCUGGACCCGUUGCACGGCUCCAGCUUGUACUACGUCAAGAUUGGCAAGCCUGCGGAACGAGAUACUGGCCCGUCAUCGCGAUUGAAACGCUAAUGGCGGCUAUCUCCCCGAACGCGUUGCUUUCUGUUACGACGAUGCUGACUUCGGAGAAUACUACCCCAAAAACUCCAGCCCAUGGUGAAUUCCUGGAAACCUAUGGCCAGAUCAAGGCGUCGGAGCUCACAUUGGCGUUGCGUGACUUAGCGCACAUCGAUUUGGAGCUAGCGAAGGAACUGUGGGUGAGUUUGUUCAGUGCUGUAUGGGGAUUACUGCAGGAGACAGAUCAAUCACAGGUGUCUGGUCAGUUGCUGAAGAUUCUGGCUUCGAAGUACAACAAACGCGAUCUGAACGUGCCAUUAGGCGCGUCUACCCCUCGCCGCACGAACGUCGUCCAAACUCUGAUGAAGGGCAUUGUGAACACUAGCCCAAGUGCUCCAGUGAUGACACCUGAGCUUGUGCUGCACAUUGCAUCAGCCUACGACGUGUGGAGCUGUGCUAUCAGACUGUGCGAAUUCCAGGUCGAGAAAUCUGACCUGAGUGUUGAAAGCAGACUGCGAUGGAUUGAGGCCCUCAGUGCUAUCUACAAGCAGCUUAGCGAGGAUGAUCUGCGUAUUGGUUUGAGUAUUGAAAACAUUGCGCAACCCGAGACGCGCACUGCGCUGACGCUAGAAGCGCUUGGCUGCGUGCACGAAGCGCAGGAGGAGUAUUUCCACGCACUAUCCAAUGCUCAAAGCGGCCGUGUUAGCGUCGAGGAUGUGAACCUUUUCGAGUUGAGAUUGUGGGAGGAGCGCUGGGUGGGGUGUGCCAAGCAACUGUGCCAGUGGCAGCUUAUGAAUGAUUUUGCCAAGUCAACACAGAAUCAAGAGUUGUUACUUGACUGCGCGUGGAAACGUGGAGACUGGGCUUCAGCGAAGCAAUUGCUGUUAUCACCAUCGAUGCAGUCGUCAGCAGAGCUCGGAUGUCCACAGACCCGUCUACAGCGAUUAUAUAUCUCGAUUCUCGAUGCUGAUAAGCGCAGUGCCAUCGAUACUCUAGCCUCUCAAACGGCCGAGCUGGCGCUUCAUCAGUGGCAAGGACUGCCACGUAUCCUUUCUCGUGCACACUUGCCGCUGAUGCACUUGUUUCACAAGUUUGUGGAGGUAAAAGAAUCGAUCCAGAUGAUGGAAGAUAUUAAGUCUGCGAGCGCACAACACGCGGCGCUGCCGAAUCUCAAGCCGUCCAUUAAUACGUGGCGAGAGCGCUUACCGAACAAGUGGGAGCCUAUUCUUCUGUGGGAUGACAUUCUUACAUGGAGGUCGCACAUGUUCCAAGUGGUCAAGACUACGUUUGCGUGGAGCGAUGCUCAAGUGCUUGCAUGUAUGCAUGACAGUCCGUGGUCCGUUAUCAAACUUGCGCACACAGCACGCAAGCAAAGACUACCCGAUGUGUGUCUCGGCGCUCUAGCGAAACUCUACUCUGUUCCGGCCAUGGACGUACAGGACGCCUUCUCAAAGCUUCGUGAACAAGUGAGCAUUUGCUACGAGAGUGCCACUGAGUACUCGGGCGGACUGAGUAUCCUGAACACGACCAACCUGGACUACUUCAGUCUGCGACAAAAGGCGGAAAUGUUCAGACUGAAGGCGCUCUUCUUGGAGGCACAGGGAUCUCUUCCUGAAGCCAACAAGACGUUCUCACAUUGUCUGCAAAUUUGCGAUAGCUACGGCAAAGGAUGGCUGUCGUGGGGACACUACUGCUACCGGUUGUUCCUCGUUCGGAAAGAUCUCGCUUUGGCCUCGCAAACCAUUGCGUGCUACUUGCAGGCAAUUCACCAUCGAUGCAAUUCGGCACGACUCAUGAUUGCGCGUGUACUCUGGCUGUUGAACAUGGACGACCGACGUGGAGUACUUAUUCAAGCAUUCGAGACGCAUGGAAAGCAGUUGCCUAUCUGGAUCUGGAUCAUCUGGAUCCCGCAGUUGCUCAUGGCUCUCGGUCGUCCGGAAGCUCCUCAGAUCCGGGGUUUGCUACGCGGUCUCUCUGCAAAAUUCCCGCAGGCGUUGUACUACACAAUGCGAGCUUUCUUCCUGGAGAACCGUGACAACGCAAUGCUUGCCAACCAGCGGUUAGCGUCGGGAGUAUCACCUUCUGCGAGUGCAUCAUCUCCGGCUGGAUCGCGUACGUACUACAGGACGAAGUCGGGACAUGUUGUUGGAGUUCCUAUCACCAUGCCAGUCGCUCAGGUCGAAGAAGUUCCAGGUCUUGUUGGACCUCCUCGACCAACGCCUGCUGCUUUCAACGCAUCACCCAGUGUCGUGUUGACGCUGGAAGCGUGGACUGAAAAGGUUCGCAAUAACGGCGGCGAUGGACACUCGUUGAAGGCUGAAGUUGGUCCAGUGCAGUACACCGAAGACCUGUUGAACUUCUUGCGCAGAUCACAUGACUCCCUUACGUUUGAAAUGGAGUGUAUGUUGGAAGAGAUGAUCACCCGGUUCCGGCCAGAGCCGGAAGAAGAGCUUCUCACAGCGGUUCAUGCGCUAUUACUGAAGUGUUAUCAGCUACCUAGACUGACCAAGACGGAGUCUGUACCGAAGAUGUUGCGUGCUGCACUUGCGAGAGUAUGCCGUAAACUAUUUGUGUUGCAGCCCCACCAGAAGAAUGAAAAGCACGAGGCGUUUGUGGAGGAGUUCAAGGCCGCAUUUGAGCGCGACUUUACCCCACUUGAGGACGACGAUGCUCAGCACGUUGGGGCGGCCACGACUCUCUAUGAGAUCAUGAACCGCUUGAAGAGAUGGAAGAGUCUGUUGCAGUUGCACGUGAAAAAAGUGGGCAAACGGAACGCUGGGAAGCUCUACCUUGAGCAAUGCAGCCGUCAUUUGAUGGAACUCAGCAGCUCCAAUAUGGAGGUUCCGGGCCAAUAUGUGUCGGACAGUGAGCCUAUUAAGGAUCUACAUGCACGCAUCCAACACUUCAAGAGCACGGUGGGUGUUCUACUGCGCAAUGGAUUUACUCAACGACGUGUAGCAAUGGGUGGCAGCGACGGCCGGACCUACUACUUCUUGGUGCAGUAUGCGAUGACACACAUCACCCGCACUGAUGAGCGGAUGAUGCAGAUGUAUUUGCUAUUGAAUCGACUGCUACUCCGACAUAAGGAAACCAAGAAGCGCAAUACGGUCUUCCACGUACCGAAGGUGAUUCCACUGACGCCGCGGGUGCGACUACUUGAAGACAAUCGCGACUUUGUCACGCUUGGUGAAAUCUACGAGCUGGACUGUCAGAUCGAGAACAAGGAUCCAGACCUUCCGGUGGAAUUGUAUCGCGAGCGUGUUAGCGACGCGUACGCUGCGGCGGGAGCAGGAAAUGACUCGGGCAAACAGGAAGAGGAACGUGUCGGGCAGGCCAAGGCCCAUGCUUUCCAGGAGAUCUGCAACGAGCACGUACCGGAGACGCUUUUGGCCAAGUAUGUGCACGGCAUCUCAGCUCACAGCGACGCGUAUUUCCAGUUCCGUAGCGAGUUUACCAAGCAUCUGGCACUUUCAAGCUUCUUGUCGUACGCCCUGUUUGUUGGGGACCGCGCCCCGCACCGUGUGCUCUUCUCACGACGAACAGGACGCGUUGUGAGCACUGAGCUGCGUCCUGGAUAUGCGAGUAGCGGGAUUUUGGAAGCGGCGACGACGAUGCCAUUCCGCCUUACUCGCAACCUCCACAACUUUAUGACGCGCCCUGGUGUACAGGGACCAUUUAGCGUGGGGAUGACGGCAGCUGCGGAAGCUCUGACGAGCGAGGAGGACGUAUUGAGCAACCAGUUGUGUCUCUUCUUCAGGGACGACUUGCUGUCGUGGCAUGCGUCAAAAACCCGACUUCUAUCCCUUGACCCGCAAGGUACUGGACGCACGUCGUCGCCCGGUGGAUCGUCAGGCCCAGCUUCGCCGGCGCAGCGCCGCGUGGAGUCUCAAGUACAGCAGCGAGUGGAGGCAAAUGUUAGUCUCGUGCUCGAGAGGAUUCGUGGUGUCUCGCUCAAGAAAGACAAUGUCGAAUCUUCUCGAGGAAGGAGUGUGCAAGAAUUGUUGGAAAUUGCUACGAGUCCAGAGCGCCAGCAGGAAAUGUACCCCACGUGGUCUCCGUGGCUGUAAGCGGUUGAUCAAAUCAAUGUAGGUUGCGUAUAUGCAUGCGCACAGGUUUAAGGUGUGAAAAAAAAAACUUUGACAAACACUACUAUCGUGUUGGAAUAAAUACUUUUGCAUGUGCA